AUGCCAUCUGACGUGAACGAGCGCGUCGCCCUCGUCGGACUAGGAGCCAUCGGCAUCUCCUUUGCGGCCCUUUACCUGAGACAUACAAAGAGCACCGUCAGGGUCUUUGAUACGAGGCCAGACCUCGAACAUCACCUUUCCACAGUCCUGCCGGGUUACAUCGACUCGGAUGAUGCGUCGCUGGGCAUAUCCCGCCUGCGCGAGUCCGGCCGCCUCGUGAUCUGCACCACGCUCGAAGAGGCAUGCGACGGCGCCACCAUCGUCCAGGAGCAAGGUCCGGAGAAUCCAGAUUUCAAGCGAUCAGUAUGGCCAAAGAUUGAAAGCUUUGCGCCUGCCGAGGCACACUUCUGGAGCUCGACGUCUGGUAUCGCCGCGUCGGUUCAGAGCCGCGAUAUGGUGGAUACGACUCGUCUUUUGGUGGUUCACCCUUUCAACCCGCCGCACAUCAUGCCUUUGAUCGAAAUUGUCCCGUCACCGACUACAAAACCGGACGAAGUUAGGAAACCGAUUGGCGUUCUCGCUGCUCAGAGAAGCUUGUUCACUAGUUGA